UUCUAUUAGAAUUAUACGGUACUCUAAUACAAUAAAAUGGUCUCGAGUUUCAUAGGGCAGUUGGUUGACAAUUAACUCGAAAAGUUAUAAUUCUAGUUCGUUAAUACUCACGAAGUUCUGUAGUUUUGUGCUUCUUCUUAAAACUCUUAUUAAAAUAGUCAGUGAUACUACAAUUAAUGAAUGCAGAACUGCAGUUUCCUGUCAGCCCCGUGUCUAAAAAAAGCUUACUUGUCAUCGAGUCAGCAGUCGACAACUGUAAGGGACACACGUACUACAUUUAUGCCUAUUAUUCACCUUUUAUGAAGGAUGUUUUCAGAACCCAUACGCUGAUCGGCGUAGAUAUUAAAACAUGGGGGUAAAUCUUCGACUUCUACUCCUCUGCUUUUUGCUUUCCGGUGUCCGGUGCGCUGACUGGUCUCUCUGGGUGCCCCCUCACUUGGAUGCCCUGGAGGACUCCUGCCUGCUCAUCCCUUGCAUUUUUGAUUUUCCUGAUAAUUACAUUGGACAGCUGAGGAAACCGGCAGGCGGGGUGUGGAGGAAAGGCUCGCAGUGGUUCGUAGGCAGCGUCGAUGUGUUCAACUCCUCCAGCAGCCGCAACUUGCUUCGCGGCGAGAUUAUCGGAGACCUAUUGCAGAAGAACUGCACCACCAUCCUCGACGGACUCCAGCAGAAUUACACCGACAAGUAUUACUUCAGAAUUGAAAGUGGAUUUAUGAUGACUCUCCCAACGGAAAUGCGGAUACAGAUUACAGACACUCCACCCAAACCAUGGCUGUCCCUGGUGUCGGCGGAGGCCGUGAUGGAGGGCACCCUUCUCAAUCUGUCCUGCAUGGCUCCGGCCCCCUGUCCCCGCCUGCCUCCUGAUUUAAUAUGGACGCCGCUCUUGGGAGACGCCCGCAGAGCGCUGGUGACGAACAAGGACGGCACCUUGACUGCAACCUCAUCGCUGGAAUUUAGGGCGUCGCACCUCCAUCAUGGGGUGAACAUCUCGUGUACCGCUGCGUACGCCCGGGAGACGAACGGCAGCCACAUCGCCACCACGCAGAGUCCCCCUCUCACGGUUUUCUACUCCCCAAGAAACACGAACGCCACCAUCAGUGCACCCAACCCACUGACAGAAGGCGACCUGGUGACCUUGGUCUGCACCAGCGACGGCAACCCGCCCGUGGAGAGCUACGCCUGGUUCUGCCAGCAGGGAGACGGGGCUGAACUUCUCGGCUUUGGGCAGGACUUCGUCUUUAAUGUGACACCUGCCCACACUGGUCUGUACCUCUGCCAGGCUCAGAACGCCCACGGCAGUCAGAACUCUUCGGAGAUCCAGCUCUGGGUGAAAGGGGAGGAGACAACCAUUAUAGGUCUGUGGCCUGCUGGACUGGUAGCACUGCUGUUGGUCCUGCUGUUGCCCGGACUAGCCCUCUGUCUCUACAGACAUAGAAGAUCCAGGGAGUCAUCAAGCUCUGUAGAUAUGAAGGACCAAAAAGAGAAACACUCACAAGUUUAUGUUAACAUGCAAAGCAGUGUUCACUCAAACGCGUACCUUUCUAGCAUGAACCAGUCAAGACAAGCCAAGGAUGAAGAAAUCUAUGAAAAUUCAAUAAGGUUUCCUGACCAAUCAGAAGAUGACAUUGACAAUAUCUAUGCCAAUUCUUUUGCAGUUGACAGCUUAUCAACCCACUGUAGUUAGUCCCCUGUUGUGGAGAUGACAGCUCUGGUUGCAGCAGAACACCUUGAUAGUGACACUUUCCCGAGGCAGUAAUGUAGUACAGACAUGCGUCACAUAAUGACGUUUUGGUCAAUGACAGACCACAUACACAACAGUGCUCCCAUAAGAAUAUAAUGGCGCAAAAACAUCCCUGUCCCCUAUGAUGUCAUAGCACGAUGCAGUACUCAUGUGUGAUUAUGGUGUAAACAAACCUACUGCGUUGCCCGUCUUGUAAAAGUAUACCAUAUACAUUUAUGUACAGUACAAAAUACUUGUUAAUGAUAAACAAAUAUGUUACUGUUUUAUGUAUUUCUAUAAAAUACAUAUGUGCAAUGUCAUCCUUAAUUAGGCUAUAGCAUUUAGCCUAUAGGUGUGUAGUAGGCUAUACCAUCUAGGUUUGUGUAAGUACACUCCAUGAUGUUUGCACAAUGUCGAAAUUGCCUAAUGACGCAUUUCUCAGAAUUUAUCCCUGUUGUUUAGCGACGUGUGACUAUAAUGGGUUAGUGUUAUUACUACUACUAGCCUGCGAAAAGGAAACUCACCCUGUAGUGUUCUUGUCCAUGCUGACCUGCGCCUGUUACAUCCGCUAAAUGAUUUCUUUAAGUGUUGUUUCUGUUUGCUACACAGAAACUAGAUAAAGGGGCAUUUGCAGCCUUAGCUUCCCUGAAACCAAGUGUACAGCUGAAUGUAAUGUUCUGACUCAACCUUUUCUAUUCUCAGACAUACUUCUGUUUUCAGAGGGCAUUUGUUAAAGUGUCAAAGUCAACGAGACGGGGACAAAGAACAUUUUAAAACAUUUUAAAAUAAUACAAUCCUAAAUGUGUGUAAUCUAAACAUUGUAUAUAUUUUUUAAAUACUCUUUGUGUGGAACAAAGUUAAAUGAAAUUCGGGGAUCCCAGGUGAACUUUUAGUGAUAUAUAUGAAAAAGCAUACUAUGAAUAAUGUACAGUCCUGUGAUGGACUGGUGUCCCAUUCAUAGUGUACCCCCGCAUUGAAGGAUAGGCUCCAGGCCCCCAGUUACCCUGGCCAGGAUAGACACUUUGAGGAUGGAUGGAUGGAUGGAUGGAUGGAUGGAUGGGACACAACACAGAGCUAAUAUAAACAAAGUGUCCAUUUUCAGUGAUUUUUUUUUUUUGUUCCCAAUGUCAGAAGAAACAGUCACAAUGGUCUGAAGACACACCCUUGUAUUCAGUAUGGCGUUUUCUUUUUUAUUCUUGAACACGUGAAUAGUUUACCGUUUAUUCAGUUAUAUUAAUAUUUAUAUACUUUAACGUGCAGUACCGUAAAUGACACGCUUAUGGGAUCCUCUUCAUUAGUGCUUUGCUGCCCCCUGCUGGUUCAAUGUACCCUCAUGUCUUCAUUCUGUUUAUUUACAGAAAGUACACCAGGCAGUCGUAUUGAUGCAAUGUUGCUUUUUGGUAAUCAAUCAAAAAGUUUUAUUAAAAACAGUGUUUUGUCAUGUUUUAUUUAAACAUUGGUCCUUUGCUGUACGUUGCUGGUGUGUCCUAUUCAAGGUAGCAGGGGGUCUAUCCCGAAGGCUACGGACGUCGACAGGGAACAACCCAGGAUGGGGUGCCAACCCAUUGCAGGGCACAUUCACACACUUGUCACUCACAUAUGCACACCUACGGGCAAUUUGGUAACUCAAAAUAACCUCAGCAUGUUUUUUUAUGGGGCGGCAUGGUGGUGCGGUGGUUAGCACUGCUGCCUCACACCUCUGGGACCUGGGUUUGAGUCUCCGCCUGGGUUACAUGUGUGUGGAGUUUGCAUGUUCUUCCCAUGUCUUCGUGGGGUUUCCUCUGGGUACUCCGGUUUCCCCCCACAGUCCAAAAACAUGCUGAGGCUAAUUGGAGUUACUAAAUUGCCCGUAAGUGUGCAUGUGUGAGUGAAUGGUGUGUGAAUGUGCCCUGUGAUGGGCUGGCCCCCCAUCCUGGGUUGUUCCCAGCCUCGUGCCCAUUGCUUCCGGGAUAGGCUCCAGACCCCCCGUGACCCAGUAGGAUGAGCGGUUUGGAAAAUGGAUGGAUGUUUUGUCAUGUUUUAUUUAAUUAUGAAAGUACAAAUGAAUCAUAUUAAAGAGCUUAUUAAUCCUAAAACAAUGGUCUAUUGUAUGCUGGUCAUUGUUACCAUUUAAUAUAUCCAUGCUUAAUUUGAUUUUGAAACUUUUUGCAAUUUCUGUAUUCAUUUUCCUGGAGUUAGUGUUGAGUAAGCAGAGCAGUAAAAUAACUGGUUAUGCUAACUGCAGUGAGACCUGUCUGAUAGGGCCCUUCUCAUUCUGUCUAGCCAUAUAAAUGCAGAGUGGUUGAUCUGCAGUGUAGGAUUGUUUGCUGGGAACCUGUACAGCCAGUGCUUUGUACCACUCAUGGCUUCUUCUUUACAAGCACUUUGCUGCCACCUGCUGCUUAAAUCCAGCCCUUUGUCUUUCAUUCGGUUCAACUUUGAGCUGGCUGUCUUACCACAGCAGUACAAAUGUUUAAGAAUGAGAAUAAAAAUUGAAUAAGAAUAAAA